AUGGAGGCGAACCAGUUCGCAUGGCAUAGCACCCUGCACACGGCCACCGACCACAGCGGCGUCGGCGGGGGCUUCGGAGGGGGCGACAGCUGGAACGGGCCGCGGGACUGGGGCUCCGCGGAGUACGGCCCGGGGGCCAACUGCGUCGACACCGCCGCGCCCUUCGACGUCGCGGUGUCGUUCCCGGUGGACAGCCAGGGAGCGCUCGCGGCCAUGGAGGUGACCCUCUCGCAGAGCGGCAAGUCCUGCCCCCUGUCGGUGCGCCUCGGGACCUACGAGGGCAUGGCGGAGCUGUCGCAGGCCCUCGAGGCUGGCAUGACGCCCAUCGUGAGCUAUUGGGCCGCCAACGACAUGCUCUGGAUGGACGGCCCAGGCACAGACGGCCAGGGCCCCUGCACCGUCGACGACAUGGACCGAUGCGUGCGGGAAGUCCGUCAAAUUCUACGACUUCUCCGUGGAGGAGAGGAUCGGAGGUGCGCGACCGGCCAGCUCCUCCAGCGGAGGCGCCGCGAAGCAGUCCUCGGGCAACCGGCCGCCCGCGGGCGUCGUGGCCGCCAGCGGCUACGGCGACGCACCUGCGACGCCCUCGCCGGCGCCCGCGCAGGCGGCCGCGGCGGGGGCAGGCUCCAGCGUCGACUUCUCCCGCUGCGCCAAGAAGCAGAAGGUGGACUGCAGGGAGGCCAAGUGCUGCGCCGAUCCUGGCUUCCAGUGUUAUGA